AUGAUAGCCACUGAGUUCAAAGUAAUCAUAGUUGGCGGCGGCCCUAUAGGAAUAACCGCCGCGCACGCUCUGCACAAGGCAGGCAUACCUUUCGUCGUCCUUGAACGCAGCAGCACAGUCGCCAGGGAUGUCGGAGCCAGCUUGGUUAUAGCGCCGCCCAGCUUGCGAGUUCUUCACCAAGUUGGCCUGUUAAACAGGCUGCGAGGCCUUGGCUCAGAACUAGUUCUUCGAUAUUCCUUCACACAGGACGGUUACAAAUUCAAGGCCUGCAAGGCGUUUGACGAAUGCAAAAAGAACUUCGGCACCCGUCCGCUCGUCUUUCACCGAGCAGAGCUUGUGCAGUCUCUCUACGACCAGCUACCCGCAGAGAUCAAGUCCCGGGUUCUACUAGGCAAAAAGGUCACCGAUAUCCAGUCGACAGAAAACGACGUCAAAGUCUUAUGCAGUGACGGCAGUCAAUAUGAGGGGAGCAUGGUGAUUGGCGCAGACGGCGUGCACAGCAGAACACGACAGAUCAUGAGAUUGCUCGCGUUAGAAGCCGAUUGCCAUGUCCAAUGGGAUUCAGAAACGCCAUUCACAUCGUCGUAUAGAUGCCUGUGGGCGAGCUUCAAGAGACCAAUCGAGCCAGGAGCAGCAUUUGAGACGCAGGGCAAGGACAGGUCCGUCAUGUUUGUGACCGGUAAGGAGCGUGGAUGGAUAUUCCUGUACGAAAAGCUUCCAAAGCCAACAACAGCACGAACGUCCUACAGCGAAAAAGACAUUGAGGCGAUGGCGGACAGGUUUGCCGACUACCCCAUCACGGACAGCCUCAGAGUGAAGCAUGUCCUCGCCGAUAGAAUGACAAGCGGCAUGUCGGAUCUGCAGGAGGGCAUCUGCAACAACUGGGGCUGGGGCCGGAUCGCACUUGUGGGCGAUGCCAUCCACAAAGUUUGUCCCAACGCGGGCUUGGGGUAUCAAAGCGGAAUUCAAGAUGUUGUGUCGUUGGUCAACAACUUACGACAGUUGCUUGCGUCUCCGGGGGCCUCGAGGAAUCCCAGCGUCGCUGAGUUGGAAGCCAUGUAUACGAGCUAUCGAGCUCAGAGAUGGGAUGACCUGGCAAUCGAUGCCUCUGUAUCUGCGCAUGCGACGCGGAUACAGGCCUGGGCCAGCUGGUGGUACUACGUCUUGGGCCGCUAUUUGACAGUUCCGAGCUUUGUGGACUAUAUCAUUGCUAACUGGGUGCAGGCGCCCGUCUGGAGAAAACGGUUGGCCUUUGACUUUUUGGACGCGGAAGAGCCGUUUGUUGGACGAGUCGCCUGGCUGCAUCCGCUGAAGAACAUGUACGUGAAAUAG